AUGGAGAACCUCAAGGAAGAAGUCACUGGAGCUUUCUCCAAUUUUCGGAGAAAGUUUCAAUGGAAAAUUGUUGAUGCGGAGGAAAUGUCAAGGUUUGUGGCAUUCAGCCACGAACUGGACGGAGUUUUGGCCUGCCUGACGGCGAAGUACGCCCAGAGUGUUGGGCGAGCUGAGUCCAGGAGGCACCAGCUAGUACAGAUUUAUCCUGCUGUAAUUAAGGAGAUUGGGCUGGUCCACAAACAGCUGCUCCGGCUGAUGAGGGCAAAUGCCCCAAGGAGGAAUGUCCGAAUUUUUCGUGAUAUGCCCACAGAGGUGUUCGAGGAGGUGAGGGCCCUGGUCAGCACCAACGACUACAAGACCACCAUCAAGGUGACCAGGGCUACAACCACCAUCGCCAUCACCAGCUGGGAGAAGGUGCUGGUCCUCUUUAAUUUCUGGGCCAUGGAGACCAACCCAGCAACACCCCGCAACAGUCUGCUGAGGAAGGUGGAUGGAGAGGGAAACAGCAUGAUGGUUGUGGUUAAUGACACACAUCCACUAACUUUGACGAUGAGGCACAACGCCAAUAGGUUUUUUGUUUUUGCCUCAUUUGAGGUAUUGAAUAAAUUUGGAGUAGCCCAGUAAAAAGCUAUAAAAAAUGUUGUUCCUAUUUCUUUCCAUUGGAUAGCCUUCCAUACAUUGUACGAGACAGAACUCAGAACUGCAAUGACAAUGUGAAUAAAACCUAGUGCAUGCCCUUACGGUUCAAAAGCAUCCAUGGUGGAGGGAGCAUACAUUCAGAUGUCCUAAUGAUGUCUAUGUCCAUGGAACCUCUUGGAUGAAUGUGCCACAAGAGCAGGAUGUGAAAUAUUUUAAAUUUGUUUCGGACUUUCCUGCCACAUCAAAACAUGCUUGUCCCAGCAGUAACAUGUUGUC